GAAAACGUCAGUUUGUUUUCAUUAUUUUAAAUUUUGUAAACUUUUAAACUGCGAAACAGAAAUAAGUUUUACUAAUAUUUAUGCUUAGUAUACUGGUGAUAAAAGAUGGAAAUUUCGGUUAACGAUAACGAAAUACAACAAUCUAUACGGUCGCCCCCUCGACGGAGACGUUCUACGUUUUUUGAGAGGCGAGAUUCUUUGGGCCCACAAUUAUUGUCAGGAAAAUUAGAGCUAAGUGUGGCUAAGAAAGAUACAGAUAUUAACGAGAAACAUAACCAAGAACUUCAAAGUUAUUAUGAAAAACUUUUGUCCGAAAAAGAGCAGUGGAAAAAAGAAGUUAACAAUAGGAAAAAUAAAUAUCACGACCUAAGAUUGCAAUACCAAUUAGCAGUAAAAUCAACAAGUAAGGCAAAGAUAUGUUAUUCGGCAUUAACAAAUGAAGACAUAGAAUUUUUAAAAGGCAAAGUUAACAUAACAAAACUGAUUGAUAGCCAAACAAAACUACACAAAUCAGUUAGAGAAUCUCAUGCAUUAUUUAAAAGGGCAGCGGAACUGGAUAAUGUUAUAUUAAGUCAUUGUGAAGAUAAAAUUAAGCAAAUUAAUGAAUAUAUUCUUGAUAAUAGUUCUAUAGAACCGAAUACAUAA